AUGGAACCUACUGAUGAGUUGUCUCACUACUACAGCAUGUUUGAUGAAGUAUAUUCCAUGCUUCUGAGCGUUCAGGAUGACGACACUGGCAUGUUUAGAGCAGAAAAGACUCACGCGGGGACUCAAGAUGUCAACAUUGGCCUGUAUGGAGUGGAAAAGGCCAACAUGGGAACUCAGGAUGACAAUAAUGGCCCACAUCGAGUAGAAAGGGCAGACAUAGGAACUCACAAUGAAAACACUGACCUGUAUGGGGUGGAAAAGGCCAACAUGGGAACUCAGGAUGCCAACACUGGCCCACAUAAAGUAGAAAGGGCAAACAUAGGAGCUCACAAUGAAAAUACUGACCUGUAUGGAGUGGAAAAGGCCAACAUGGAAACUCAGGAUGACAACACUGGCCUGCAUAGUGAAGAAAUAGUCCACACAGGAACUCAAGGUCAUAACAGUGACCUGAAGGGAGAAGAAGUAGCUCACACGAGAACUCAGGAAGAGGACACUGGCCUGUAUGGAAUUGGGAAAACUAACAUGGAAACUCAGGAUGGCAACAAUGACCUUCAAAGAAUUGAAAUGGCUCACAUGGAAACUCAAGAUGACAACAUUGUCAUGUAUGGAGUGCAAAAGGCUUACAUAGGAACUCAGGAUGAUAACACUAAUCUGAAUAGAAUGACAAAAGAUGAAGGAGAAACUCAGGAUGACAACACUGGCCUACAUGGAGUUGAAAAUGUUCUUAAAAUAACCCAGGAUGACAACAUUGGCCUGUAUAGAGUGGAAGAUGCCCAUGUGAUAACCCAGGAUAAAACCAUUGGCCUGUAUGGAGUGGAAGAUGCACACGUGAUAACCCAGGAUGACAACAGUGGCCUGUAUGGAGAGGAAGAUGCACACGUGAUAACCCAGGAUGACAACAUUGGCCUGUAUAGAGUGGAAGAUGCCCAUGUGAUAACCCAGGAUGAAACCAUUGGCCUGUAUGGAGUGGAAGAUGCACACGUGAUAACCCAGGAUGACAACAGUGGCCUGUAUGGAGUGGAAAAGGCACACGUGAUAACCCAGGGUGACAAUAUUGGCCUGUAUGAAGUGGAAAAGGCACACAUGCAAGCCAUCUAUCCACUAAACGCAGAAUUUGACCUGCUAGAACAUUCCAGCCCCAAUGUCAUUGUCCAUACAAAGAGCCAGAUGUCCAACACUUACGCUCAAUCUAUGUUUGACUCUGAACAUCUCUUGGCAGACAGAAGAGUUCUGUUUGAUGAAACGCUACAGCAGCUCUGCUUUACAAAGUACAAAAUAUUUCAUCUACGCCUUGCAGAAGUCCUUCAGAUUGGCCAAGAGAGCAUGAAGAGAAUUGCUCUCCAAGGGAUAGAAGAUAUCCCAUGGUAUUUCCUGCAGAAUCUAAUCGCCCUAAAUGGCACCGCGAGGAACACCAGACUGGCCAAGCUCAUCUUUGAUAUGAGACUGAGCAGCGUACAUGACGACGAUGCUGAUUUUAUUGGUGGAACAGGCUCCUCCAUCUCACUUCACCCUUUAGAUGUUCUGUGUGUUCUUCUGCAUUGUACUGAUGUUUUUUUGCAACAGGAGAUAUUAUCUAAAAUGUCCAUGUGUCAGUUUGCUCUACCACUCCUCCUUCCAUCGAUCGAUGGUUUAGAAUCUACAUUCAUGUUAUGGGCAACAAGGGAUAUUGUCAAGAGAUGGAGACCCCAAUCAUUGGCAGAAAGUAAAGGCUGCAGAGAAGAGAACCUGGUUCUCAUUACCAUGCCAACCUUCUCCUUCCUAAGAAUGGGGAAAUGUAGUCUAUCCAAGUCAAGAGUCCUAAACAAGAUCCUUAGCCCAGUUCAACAAAACCAUGACUUCUUUGUGCAUCAAAAUAUGGAAGGGGGGAAUGUCCCGAGGAAAAUCUCUGAUGGACUGGUGGAAAUUUCCUGGUAUUUUCCAGGAGGAAGAGAAAAUUCAGAUAUUUUCCCAGAACCUGUUGCGUUUACCAACUUAAGGGGAGACUUGAAGUCAAACUGGCAACAGUUCUCUUUUUUAGCACGAGUUUCAUCAGCUUUGUUCGUUGUUACAGAAUCCAUUAACGAGCAAGACUAUGAACUUUUAACAAACAUAAACAGUGUAAGUACGAACUACUUCUUUAUCAUCACACCUUCUUCUCAACGCAUCAGUGAGGAGACACAAAAAUAUAUAAAAAUGUUAUACCCCAUCCUGAAAAUAAGCAGAAAGAACAUUUUGGUGAUGAACAAUUCAGUUAAUGAGGCGGAACUAGUGAAGCAAUUACAAAUGAUCAUCGCUGAUCUCGUGGAUAAUUCUCCACUCUCUAUCAAUCUUGAGGAGAUGUCUCAAGUCGCCAGUUCCAUUGGAAUACACGUAGAUGAGAACUCAGAGGACCUUCAGAAAGCCAAAAGACUUGCCCGGGAGAUUACCGUUAAUAUAAAUGAUGUGAUGGACUAUAAAAAGAAGACAAUGAGACUGCAGGGGGAUCUCUGGAAAGAACUGGCUCAGAUAGAAAAGGAAAUAUGUAGAAUGAAAUGGCAAGGGAGUGAGAACUCAGAAGAUUACAGAGCAAAGCUUGUGAGAAAAUACUCUGCUAUUCGUAUGAUUCAAAAUGAACACGACUUCCCAGACGGCAUGACCAAAUUCAUAACUGCCAUCACUUCUUUGCCUCAGAUGGAGAAACAUUUUUUCUUGAAAUGGCUCAAAUUCUAUCUUGACUCAUUCGGAAGGCAUCAUCUCAGUGCACUGCAGACGGAAUACAAAGAGAGCUGUCACGCGUUCUCCGGUAAUCUCGACCAGCUGAAACGAUUAGACCAGAGAAUUUCAAAUAGUUCCUUGGGAGUGGAGCACUUUCUGCGAGAGCUAGGGCAGUUUUACGAGGCGGAAUAUUCUAGUGCAAAUGAUGGUAUCAAAAGGGAGACAUUCAGCAGACUUCCAGGGAUUGCUGCAGAUCUCCUACUAGAUGGGUUCCCAUUAGAGUUGAUAGAUGGAGAUGCCUCCAAUAUGCCCUUGCAUUGGGUAACAGAUAUUCUAAAUGAGUUGGAUAACAAGACGGGAAAAAAAUGUAGAAUGAGCAUAAUUACUGUAUUGGGAGUGCAGAGCACAGGGAAAUCCACCCUCCUGAACACCAUGUUUGGGCUGCAGUUCCCUGUGGCCAGUGGGCGAUGCACACGAGGAGCCUUCAUGACACUCAUUAAAGUGAAAGAAAAUGUUCAGAAUGAUGUCGGCUGUGACUUUAUUCUGGUGAUCGAUACUGAAGGAUUAAAGGCUCCAGAACUGGCUUCUUUGGAGAACACCUUUGAACAUGACAAUGAGUUGGCAACUCUAGUGGUUGGGUUGAGUGAUAUCACCAUAAUUAAUAUGGCCAUGGAAAACACAACGGAAAUGAAAGAUAUUUUACAAAUUGUGGUGCACGCAUUUCUUAGAAUGAAAGAAGUAGGAAAGAGGCCAAACUGCCAGUUUGUGCAUCAGAAUGUGAGCGAUGUGACUGCUUAUGAAAAGAACCUGAGGGACAGAAAGAGAAUUGUGGAACAGUUGGAUGAGAUGACCAAGGCAGCAGCGCGAAUGGAAGAGAACAACAAUGUCCAAAGGUUCUCCGACAUCAUGGACUACGAUCUUAAGGAACACAGCUGGUAUAUUCCCGGUUUGUGGCACGGUGUCCCACCAAUGGCUUCGGUAAACACGGGGUACAGCGAAAAUGUUUUUGAAUUAAAAAAACAUCUAAUUGAAAUCAUGAAGAAACAAAACAAACGUAGGAAGCCUCAGGCGAUUUCCGACUUUCUGAAAUGGAUGAAAACCUUGUGGAACGCUGUCAAAUACGAGAAAUUCAUAUUCAGCUUCCGAAACAGCCUUGUGGCCGAAGCUUAUAACCUGCUUUCAGUAAAAUACUCAGAGCUGGAGUGGAACUUCCGUAAAACGAUGCAUAACUGGUUGAUCGAGGCAGAAAACCUUAUUAGGAAUCAGACGGCCGAAGAACUAGACACAGAGAUGUGUAUGGAUUUGAAAUACAGCAUGUGUUGUGUCUUACAUGAGCAAGAGAUGGUCAUGACAGUGUCACUAGAGAAGUAUUUUGAGAAUGAAGAAAACAAUGUCCGUCUAGUAGAGAGGUACAGAGAAGAUUUCUUUAGAAGCAUUAAGGUUCUUAGGAAUGAGCUUGAGGUGUAUUUAGGUAACAAAUGUGAAGAAGUGAUUCGCAUCCAGAAAGGGAAACAUGUGAUCAAACAAGUUCAGGAGAAAUAUCUCCAGACCAUCGAAGAGAAGGCCAUCAGCCUUUUGGAGACCUGCAGAAGUGCAAAACACAAGCUCACCGACCAAGAGAUAGAGUCAGAAUUCGACGUGAUGUGGGCUAACACAUUAAUGGGACUGCAUAUGGGUACCCUAAAGAAAAGGAACAUCGGUCAAGAAAUGCUGGCUCAAAUUAGAAAGGACAUGAGACACAAAGCUGGGUAUGUAACUGAGAAACUCAACGAGAUAAAGUGUUUGGCAGACUAUGGACAAAAUUGCUUUAUCAUGGACAAGAAAUAUUUUCAGAGCAGAUGGUACGAUAAUGUACCUGAAAGCUAUCAUUACGAGUACUGGAAUAAAGUAAAUGUUUUUGCUAUCUCCUUGGUGGACACGUGCCAUAGCCAUGCUUCUCACCUAGCUGGCACACUGGAAGAUUAUGACCAGACUUAUUGCCAAGAAUUACUGAAUGUCAUAAACAACCGGCUUAAUCAGGAUGACGUGAAAGGUCUCCACCUUUCACCUCUGUUUGAGACCGACUUAAAACUCAUCAUCUUAAGUAAGGCAGCGCCACUCUUCCAGAAGUCUCACAACCGCUUCAUUCAAGAAAAUAACCCAAAGUUCUUCCUUGAAAGGCUCAGGCCUCAGUAUUUCUCUACCUUUAAAAACAUAUACCAAGAGAAGGAUGAGUCUCAAAUCCGAGCUCAGAAAUUCUGCGAGAUAUGUCUUAAACCGGCCCUAACUGAAUACGCAUACAGGAAUCUAGGAGGCAGAAUAGUUGAAGACAUCAUUACUGGUAGUGACUCCAUGAGAUACAGCAGCAGGACCUUCUUCCAGUUCACCUUACUAAAGGAGCUUCUGGAAGACAAAAUAUUCUCUCAGUAUGUAAAAUACACCAAUCACUAUGAGACCUUUGUCAAAAACUGGAUACUUAAGUAUAUCAUAGAGAAAUAUAAGAAACCCGGAGGUCUGGAUUUCUUGAGAUCAAGCAUCAUUUCAGUCAUCACAAGGAAGAUCCGAGAUGUCCUCAGAGAUCCAAAGGUCUUUUACAACACGGAUGUGUCAAGUUGCUUAAAGAUGUUCUGUGAGAUGUUAAAAAAAGACCUGGUGAUUUCCCAGAAUGACCUAAAAGUGAUCAUCUUUAAAAGCACAGCAAGCGCCGCCCAGUUUUCAGCAGAUAUCGAGACUUUUCUAGACGACGUGGAGAAGCAAAUUUCUGCCGAAAUGAAAUAUUUCUCCAUUGAAGCCGUACUCUCUAAAGCAGCGCUCAAACCUCAGGAUGAGCUGUUUAAGAAGGUCUUCGGAUGCGGAAAGCUGUGCCCAUUUUGCAAAGUCCCCUGUGAAGCCGGAGCUACUGACCACAAGGAGCACUUUGCCUCGGUCCAUCGGCCUCAGGGCCUAGGAUCCUAUAGAUGUAUAAAAACAAAAGUUCUCUCUCAUUCCAUAUGCACCACGGAUGUGGUCGGCAACACCACGUUCCAAAGCUCUGAUACUGACUGGAAGCCGCACCCUUACAAAGAGUACCGUAAAAUUUACCCGGAUUGGGUCAUUCAGCCGGAUCCCACCAUUGGCGCUUCCGAUUACUGGAAGUUUAUCUUUAAAGAGUUUAAUAAGGAGUUUGCAGAACACUAUAUUGCCAAACCUGCUGAUAUUGCAGAAGACUGGUACUCAAUCUCUAAACAGCAGGCUCUUGGAAGUCUAAAGGUAUCAUUCAAUAUGCAAUAGAGUGUGAUGAUGUCCACUUAGAUGAACCACUCUAUAUUAGCUUUACUUGUUGUAAAAGGCCCCCGUUUUAUGUAUUAGGGAUGUGCAGGCCAGCCGAAA